AUGAGAGUGCUGCUCAUCGAGACAAUUUUUCUGCAUAUGUAUUCAAAGGCUAUGUUCCCCACAUCUAAUUUACAGAAAGCACAACACAUGGAUAUAUUGCUGAAUCAUCAUUGGGGGAUAGAUGCCUACAAAAUGCUGUUAAAAUCAGUGAAGAAGACUGUGGAAAAUAGUCUAGAAAAGGCCAAGUACCCUCUGGACGGGUUCCCUGUUGCGCUUCACCUAUGGAUCUUAGAAUCCGUACCCAAGCUUCCCGCCCACAGCUUUUUUGUGUGUGAAAUAUCUUCACACAACAUCUCCUCCCAUCAAAGCGAAAGCGAUGUGGGUGUGGUACAUAUCCUUCCCAAAAUACAUGGUGACCUCGAAGACACCGUGUUUAUGCAAGACGAAGACGAUGAAGAUCUGCAUUCACUUGUGGAUCUGUUGGACAAAGGUUUCGAGCUAACGCAUGAACAAUGGAGAAGAGGGGUUUUGAAGAGAGACGUUGCAUUGCAAUACAUUGCAUCGCAGUCAUAUCGCUAUCCUCGUUCAGAAAGAGCGAGACAAAAUUCCAGACCUUCUUCAGAAGAAGAAUCAGUAGAGGCGAAGAUUAACAAGCUCAUCAAGAUGUUCGAAGAUGGACAGACACAUAUCCGUUCUCGAUUAUCAAAGAUUGAACAAAAGCUGAGAAUAUAUGAUCCUUCCGAUUCCAUUGAUGAGGAGCUUACUCUUGUGGACGUAUCGACAUGUUUAAACACCACUGGUUCGCGACGAAAUGAUUCGCUAAAUCAGAUGAACAAAAAUGUGGCAGAAGGGAAAGGCAAAUCACAGCGGGUGCCCCAGACACAGAUGGGGAAGGAUAAGGUGUCCAUACCACUGGAUCAAGAGAGACACAAAUCACAGCGGGUACAUACCCGGCCUGUGGCAACUUUCACUGAAGCAGUUACAGGCACCAGACCAAAAAAAAUGGACAAAAUUGAGGGAACAAAACAAAAUAUAGUUUGCGGACUCGUCGCUGGUAAAGCUGCUCCUGCAAAAGGGAUAUCAGGCACGAGUCCUAAACCUUACUUGACGGAAGGUGCUUUAGUCGAGGUAUCGGGUGAAGAUAACAAGUGGUUUUCUGCUUCGUUGAUAAAUAGACAGCCAGGUCUAGGUCCUAUCCAUAGCUAUUAUUUGAAGUUCUUGAGCUUUGGUAAGUAUGAGAAUGUCCAAGUGAUGCGGAUCCGUCCUACACCGCCUCCUCUGCCUGAGGCAGAACGUUCCACCGACGUUUUGACACUCACGCAAUACGUUGAUGCCUACCACUAUGACCACUGGUGCAGAGGGUAUGUUCAAGCGCUUCUCGAUGGUCCAGAAUUUUCUAUCCACCUUCAUCAUGUCGAGAAAAACCUUAAGUUCCAGAUUGGUGACGUAAAGAUUCAUAGAGAAUGGGUGGACGAGGCGUGGGAUCCUCCUGUGGAUGUGGAUAUACAUAUGAACAAUGAUGAGACAACUGAGAGUAGCAAAGAACAAGAGAUAGCACAAACACAGAUGGAAAAGGAUGAAAGGACCCAACCAAUGGAGGAGCAACAAAUUCAAAACAAGAUGGACUCCCAGGUACAAACCCCGCCUGUGAUAUCGACAUCUACGAAGACGGUUGGAGGCACUGAACCCACGGAAGCUGACAAUGAUGAUGGGAGCCAAGAAAAGGAUGAAACUACAGUCUUCCUGAACAUUUGUCAAACCUUCCUAACCCAAAAAAUGUUGUGCUUCCUGGUACAAACCUCGCUCGUGGUUACAUCCACAGAGGCGGUUGGAGGCACUGAACCCACGGAAGUUGAAAAUGAUGAUGGGAGCCAAGAAAGGGAUGCAACUACAGUCUUCCUGAACAUUUGUCAAACCUUCCUAACCCAAAAAAUGUUGUGCUUCCAAGUGCAAACCCCGCCCGUGGUUACAUCCACGGAGACGGUUGGAGGCACUGAACCCACAGAAAUUGACAAUGAUUAUGGAAGCCAAGAAAAAGAUGAAACUACUAAUGUUAAGGGAACAAUUUAUAUGGCUAUUGUUUUAUGGCAACCAUCACCAAGUGGGGUGGGAAAUCAGACGGAUGAGGUUACUUCGGAGAAGAUGGGAUUAUCCUUUCAGAAGGAUACAGCGUCUGUUGUAGCUAUGGAUACAAGUGCUAACGAAGAGUCUGCUGCUGAACACGAAAAUCAUGUGAAGGUUGUGGAUAUGUUGAGGAUUCGUCCUACUGUUGCAAACAGAAAAGCAAAGGAGAAGAGAGUUGAUGAUGAAGGUGAUCGUCCAGCUAAGAGGUUGAAAACGUUUCUAAGGAGGAGCAACAGGGACCCAAAACAAAAUAAGACUACAUAA